GUACUGCAGAAAUUGGGGAAAACCGUAGAAACCAAAGAUGAACGAUUUGAACAAAGUGCUGGCAACUUCUACCAACAACAGGCAGAAGGCCACAAGCUGUACAAGGACCUGAAGAACUUCCUUAGUGCAGUCAAAGUGAUGCACGAAAGUUCGAAGAGAGUGUCAGAGACGCUGCAGGAGAUCUACAGCAGCGAGUGGGAUGGGCAGGAGGAGCUGAAGGCCAUCGUCGGGAAUAAUGAUCUCCUUUGGGAAGACUACGAAGAGAAAUUGGCUGACCAGGCGUUGAGGACCAUGGAAAACUAUGUAGCUCAGUUCAGCGAGAUUAAGGAGAGAAUUGCCAAGCGGGGUCGGAAACUUGUGGACUAUGACAGUGCCCGACACCACCUGGAGGCAGUGCAGAAUGCUAAGAAGAAAGAUGAAGCCAAGAUUAACAAGGCAGAGGAAGAGUUCAACAAAGCCCAGCUGGUGUUUGAAGAUCUGAACCAGGAGCUAUUGGAGGAACUGCCUGUUCUUUAUAACAGUCGUAUUGGCUGUUAUGUGACCGUCUUCCAAAAUAUUUCCAACCUGAGGGAUGUCUUCUACAGAGAGAUGAGCAAGCUGAACCAUAGUCUCUACGAGGUGAUGAGUAAGCUGGAGAAGCAGCAUUCCAACAAAGUCUUUGUGGUGAAGGGAAUGCAAAGCAGCAGCAGGCGCUCUUUAGUCAUCUCUUCCCCGAUUCGAACACCUGCCGCCUCCAGCCCUGUGACCUCACCUACCAGUCCCUCUGCAGUUUCCUUGACGAGCGAGAGUGGAGCAACUGAGGAGGAGCUGACACCUGAUGCAGCCCAGGAAGAUCAUUCUGAGAUUCCAGAAGAGUCCUUAAAAGAUGAGGGAACGGAAGAGGAGGGGUCCGAAGCAAGCUCCUCUGAGGAGGAAGAGCCUCCGCCAGCCUGCAAUGGCCCGACCCAGCCCGAGCCCUCUGCCCCCGCUGAGGGCAGCAAGUCCCCGGAGGAAGUUGCCCCUGGCUCCCCAGCUCCAUCACCCGACGGAGUUCUGAGCGCCUCAGAGCAGUCUUCCUCCCUCCCAGAAAUGACCCUGCGAGCCCGCGCCUCAAGCGAAGGAUCUGAGCAACCAAAGAGAGCCUCUGUCCGGAGGACCUCGGGGCCCCCUAGCAGGCCUCCUCCUCCCAAAGCCCCUCCAAGCCCUAAGACCCUCUUGGGGACUGGGACUCCAAGUCCUGGGGCCUCCUUGGAGGCAGGUCCUAAUCCAGAACCACCGGAGAAGCCACUGGAGUCUCCUGAGGCCAGAGAAGAGGAAGACACGCCCGAACAGGACCCAGAAGAACUUUGCAGUCCCUCCAGCUUGCAUACUUCUCAGGGUUUCUCAGAGCCUGGAGAUUCGAAGAAGGUGGGAGAUGAAGAAAACAACAAGCUUCUCUCAGCGGACUCUCCUGAGGGCCAUAGCGAUCAGCUUCAUGUGUCUGUGGUUCCAGGACAAAAUGACGUCACAGCACCUGAGCCUCAAGAAGAGGUUUCCACAGAUUAAAAUGCACGACUCUGCAGAGAGACCGCCAAGACCUCCCCUACACACACCUCCCCAGAGAAGCUUCUCAGCCAGAGGGGAUCGCUCCGAGGGUGCAGAAUCAGCCUUCCCUCCUGGCCUCUCAGGGGGCACGAGUGCUGGUGGGCUCUAAAGACCUGGCAUUAACGGUGGCUGAGGAGCAGCCUUACGGGAGGGCCGGAGGCAGGCAGGCUUGGACAGGAACUAUUAAGACUCAGGGAAUAUUUUAAUUCAGGUUUUAGCAUUAUCAGGAAAAUGAGACUUUAUAUAGUAAAAUGGGCCGUAGUGACUAUAACAAGCAAAAGUGCCUGUAGACACAAACAGUUACUCACAGAGACAAAACCACACACACUCAGGAUCGUGAACAAACAUGCUUUUGCCUCACCACUCACUUUGCAGGACUGAGAGCCAAAAGAACAUAUUUUCAGAUUGUUAAAUAAAGUACGGUUUUGGCUGUG